AUGGCUGCCUUUGCCCCUCCAGCUGCAGGCACGGCAGGCACAACCGACGACCUGGUCACCCGGCUGGAGCUGCGAUUCUCGUGCAGCAACCUCGCAAACUUGGACCACAUGUCAAAGUCGGACCCCAUGGUGGUGCUGUUCGCCAAGCGCGACCCGCCGGGCCAGGGCUUUGCCGAAGUCGGCCGGACAGAGAAGAUCAUGAAUGAUCUCAACCCGCGGUUCCACACCGCGCUCAACGUCUCGUACUUUUUCGAAAAGGUCCAGACCUUCCGUGUCGCCGUCCUCGACAUCGACGAGCACGUGAGCUCGGUGAGCGACUACCGCCAGCACGACUACAUCGGCGACGCCGAGUUCAAGCUCUCGAGUGUUGUCGGCGCCAGUGGCAUGUCGCUCGAGCUGCAACUGGUCAACGCAAAGGUGCCCGGCCGCCGCAACGGCUCCAUCCGCAUCACCGCCGAGGAGCCGUCCAACUCCAACUCGGCCGUCCGCAUGCAGAUCCGCGGGCACAACCUCGACAAGAUGGACUUUUUCGGCAAGUCCGACCCGUACCUGAUCAUCUCGCGGCUGCGCGCCGGCGCCGCCGACGACUGGCAGCCCAUCCACAAGACCGAGGUCGUGCCCAAGACGCUCAACCCGACGUGGCGGGCGUUUGAAGUCCCGAUGGCUACCCUCUGCAACGCCGACUACGAGCGUCCGAUCCGCAUCGAGUGCUACGACUACGACAAGCGCGGUUCGCCCGACUUUAUCGGCGCCUUCCAAACCACGCUCACCAUGCUCUGCUCGCCAGACCAGGCCCGCGAGCUCGAGCUCAUCAACCCAAAGAAGCAGAAGAAGAAAAAGUACCGCAACUCGGGCAUCCUCGAAGUCAUGUCCAUCGAGGUCAUCGAGAAGCCGAGCUUCAUCGACUACCUCGCCGGCGGGCUGGAGAUGAAUCUCAUCAUUGGCAUCGACUACACAGCGUCCAACGGGAACCCAGCUAACCCGUCGAGCCUCCACUACCUCUCGCCGUACGAGCCCAACGCGUACGAGAAGGCGAUGACUGCCGUCGGCGCCGUCGUUGGACCCUACGACCACGACCAGGAAUUCCCCACCCUCGGCUUUGGCGCGCGGCUCCCCACAGGCGCUACCUCGUUCUGCUUCCCGGUCGCCGGCACCCAGGCGCCCGUCGCCAUCCACGGUAUGCCCGCCGUAGUCCAGGCCUACCGCAACUCGCUCCAGUUCCUUGCCCUACAUGGGCCCACCAACUUUGCGCCGCUCAUCCACGCCGUCAUCGAACUCGCCCAGACCGCCAUCACUGACAUGGCCAAGACCAAGGCCGCCCUCGUCCAGGCCGCCAACCUUCCCAUCUCGGUCAUCAUCGUCGGCGUCGGCGGCGCAGACUUUUCCAACAUGGAGCAGCUCGACGGCGAUGACGUCCGCCUCUCCGCCAAUGGAGUCUACGCCGAGCGUGACAUUGUUCAGUUUGUGCCCUUUCGCGACUUUGAGGCCGUCGAUCCAGCAUACCUCGCCCAGGCUACCCUCCACGAGGUCCCGCGCCAGGUCCUCGACUUUUACGCCAAGCACGGCAUCGCGCCCAACCCGCCCACCACCGCCGCCCCGUCCUCAUCCGCCGCUGCUCCCUCGGCUGGGCCGCCACCGCCAAGCUACGAUGCACCGCCGCCGACUUUCUAGCCGCCCUUGUAUGAAGGCUUCUGUUUCCUGGUAACACAUCCGAUGAACCGUG